ACGAGGGAUGAAAAUGUGUGCGACUGCAACUACUGACAGCUGGAGGUCCCUGAAGCAAAAGUCCUCAAAGAAUAAGGCAUGAUCACCACAAACUGAGCUUUUAUUCCGCUUAUUCUUCUCCUUUUUUUUUUUAUUUAAUUAUUGCUUUUCUCCACGGUGACAGAGGCAGAAGAGCAAACCAUGCGACUGGUCAACGAGGCGGGGCUGCGACUCCGCCGGGCGGCUGAGGAGGAGGAGAAGCCGCCGCCGCCGCCUCCAGCCCCAUCGCACCACAACAGCCACCAGUUUGCCAGCAUGAAGAACAAGUUCUUCAAUGAGCUCACACACCUGCCAAAUCAUAAACUCAAAAUGCCCAUGUGGGCUGUGGGUGCCAUUGUGGUGGUGGUCCUUGCCCUCGUCGCCUGCAUGGGGUUCUGCAUCUACAAGAAGUGCAUCAACAAGGGCAAGAAGCCCAAGAAGGCCCGCGAGAGGAAAGGAGGACGAGGGCGAAGGAAGAAGGAUAAGGAUGGAGAGGAUGGAGAAGAGAAGAAGGAAGGAGAAGAGAAGGAGGAGGAGGAGAAGGAGUUCCUUGGCAAACUGGAGUACUCACUGGAUUAUAACUUUACUGAUAAUCAGCUGGUAGUAGGCAUCCUCCAAGCGCAGGACCUCCCGGCCAUGGACAUAGGUGGGACCUCAGAUCCCUACGUCAAAGUCUACAUGCUGCCGGACAAGAAGAAGAAGUUUGAGACGAAAGUCCAGCGCAAGAACCUCUGUCCUGUCUUCAAUGAGACCUUCACCUUUAAGAUUCCCUACAGCGAGUUGGGUGGCCAGACUCUGGUGCUGCAAGUAUUUGACUUUGACCGUUUCGGGAAACACGAUGUCAUCGGCGAAAUCAAGAUCCCGAUGAACUCUAUAGACCUCGGACAGCCGAUACACGAAUGGAAGGAUCUGGUCGGAGGAGAAAAAGAGGAGCAAGAGAAACUGGGUGAUAUCUGUAUUUCCCUUCGUUACGUCCCCACGGCCGGUAAGCUGACGGUCAACAUCAUGGAGGCCAAGAAUCUGAAGAAGAUGGACGUUGGAGGACUGUCAGAUCCCUUCGUUAAGGUGGUGCUACAGCACAACGGCAAGCGACUCAAGAAGAAGAAGACGUCGGUAAAACAAAACACUCUGAAUCCUUACUUCAAUGAGAGCUUCAGCUUCGAGAUCCCCUUCUCCCAGAUCCAGAAACUCCAGGUGCUGAUCACCGUGUACGACUACGACAAGCUGGGCAGCAACGACCCCAUCGGCAAGUGCUGGAUUGGCUACGGAGCGUCGGGCGUUGGGCUGCGCCACUGGUCCGACAUGUUGGCCAACCCCAGACGUCCUGUUGCCCAGUGGCACACGCUGCUGACUGAGGAGGAGGUGGAUGCUGCUCUGAAGGCCCCCAUCCGCUAAACCCACUCAAUAGUUUUUUUAAAACCUUCCUAUUGACCUCAGGGUCAAAUUUGACCCAUUUUGAAUGUUUCUAUAUCACAUAAUUUGAUAUAAAUGUGGUUCCCAUGGAUGAAGUGUCCAAUAGACACUUGAGAGGAAGUUGUAACACAGAAUUAGUCAAACAGACCUGAAGACAAUACGGGAACACAUUUAUUCAUACACAGGGGAGAUGGAUGCAACUGCAAGACUUGCUAAUUAACACACAUUUAAGUUGCACUCCUAUAAUUUAGUAAUGCUCUUCCAUAAAGUUGGGAAGUUAAACAUAUCUUAGAAAUACCACUAAUUUGUUAAUUGUGAUGUUUUGGUAUGAUGGUUGCACACAUUUCCCAGAAUCUCUUUUACUUCCUGUUUUCUCUUGAUUGUUUGAUAGCUAAUCUGCAAACGUUGGCUGAGUAGACUACACUCUAGGGUCAUCCUUAAAACUGUACACGGAGGUCAGCAAAAAUUUUAAGGGGAAAUAUGUGUAGUAGUAGUAGUAGUAGAAAUUAAAAAAAAAAAAAAAAAAAUACAACUUGGAAUCUGAUUUAUUUGUUCACGUCUCAUAGUGUGAGCACACAAGCUAACAAAGCUACAAAAAACUAGCCUCCAGAGCUUGAUGCCCUCAAGGAUCUCUUGAGAGGGUGUCCCUAAUGUUUUGUCCCUUCUGUUUGAGUAUUUCUAAAAUACUGUUGCAGAGUUUCUUUUUCUUCCCUUGUUUACCCGCUCUUCCAAACAUUUUUUAUUUUUUUUUCUCCAGUGAAAUCUGUCGUAUGUCUAGCAGUUGCGUGUUUUUACUUGUCUUUAAUUU